AGUGGACACAGAGACUUUGCUCAGCUACCAUACCCAUGUGAUUCCUCGUGACAACCGAUUGAAGGUGACCAACAGUAACAGUGACCGUCAGUGGUUUCUCCAUAUCAAAAAUCUCGAUGUGUCUGAUCGAGGAUUUUACAUGUGCCAAAUUAACACAGAGCCUAUGAUAAGCCAAGAAGGUUACUUGGACGUAACUGUUCCGCCGUCCAUCGUAGAAGACGCUACCAGCACAGAUAUGACGGUGGACGAGAGGUCAAGAGUUAGUCUGAGGUGUCGAGCAGCAGGAUAUCCUACACCUCGAGUUUCUUGGAGAAGAGAAGACGGCAAGGAAAUCAAUCUUGGUCCAAUGGGAGCUCAGAAAAGCUCAGUCCUUCGCAUGGUAGGUGAGUUUCUGAAUUUGACUCAAGUAACCAGAGAGGAUAUGGCAGCAUAUUUAUGUAUCGCUUCUAAUGGAGUCCCUCCAUCUGUAAGCAAAAGAAUACUUUUGCAAGUAAAUUUUCAACCAAAAAUACGAGUGAACAAUCAAAUGGUUGGAGCUGCCAUUGGAAGUGAUGUUGUACUUGGUUGCCGACUGGAAGCAUCACCUCGACCCCUAACAUCUUGGAUUCGCAACGACGGCGUCAUUCUUUUAAACAACAAAAAAUAUGAAUUAAUAGAAGAAGCAGAAUCCUAUAGAAUUCACAUGCAACUGAGGAUAAAGAAUUUAGAUGAGAAAGAUUUCGGUCAUUAUAAAUGCGUUGCUAAAAAUACUUUAGGAGACAAAGAAGGAUUUGUUAGACUCAUUGAAAUAAGUCCUCCUACAAGUGUGCCAUAUUCCACACAACCACAUGAUUUUUAUGUUCCAGUGCAAAGAGGUCCCACGGACGAACACGCUUCUAAAGGCGAUUCUCCGUCUAAGAAAGGCUAUGGUAUACCUGCGCCAAAUUCCCUUCGGGAUGAAUCUCAGAGCUUGUCCUCAGAAAAACAAAUGAGCCCAGACAAAGAAGGCAAUGGACCAGAAGACGGCAAAACUCAUUGGAAACAUAAUCUGAUUCCGACUCAGAGGAGCCAAACAGAUUCUAACAUUUCGUGCCAAAUUUUGAGUUCUUCAGUCCUGGUUCUUAUAGUUAUUUCUUUGAUUUUCUUUUUAUAUGACUAAGAAUCCAGCCUGGAAGAAAACAACUUAAUAUAUUAAUCUUCCUUUGAGAGUAAAGGACAACUUGUAAUAAUGUACAGUUUAUGGUCAUUCGAAGAUAAAUAAAAGUACCGAAGCGGGUAUUCAAAAUGCAGCCAAAGCGUGCAUUUCGUGGCCGAAAAUUAGUACCAAAAUAAAGAAGGUGUUGACAGCAAUACAAGCCAUAUGAGUGAAUCCUAAUCAAAAGGAAUUAUAAAUGUCAUCAAAUUCGCUGCUGAGAACAAAUAUAUCUCUACUGAAUAAAUGUGUUCUACAUUAUUUUGAAAAGUAAUAUUAACAAAAUAAUAAAAAUAUUAAAUGAAAAUCAUCUCUAUUUCAGGUGGUUUAAAUUUGUAAAUUGGUAGAUUUUAGUAUAUUGUAUUGAUAUGAUUUCGUAAAAAUAUUCCAUUAAAAUAUAUAAUUACUAAAUAUUACAAUAGAAUACGUAUUUUUACAUUACUUUUAUGACAUACGAUAAGAAAUUUGACUCGUGGUGAUUAAUAAUUUAAAAGUUUAAACUAUAUAGUUAUAGUUUAAAAGUUUAAACCUUAACAUCACCUUUCAUAAAAGUAAAAUUUUAAAAUUCUUUCUCACUAUAAUAGUUGUAGUAUAUAUCUCAGAAAAUGUUUCUCAAGAACUUCAAAAAAUUUGAUUUAAAACUAAAAAUACCGAUCGUGUUAACCAGAAAACUAAUGAAUGAGAAGACGCAUAUAGAUAUUCUUAUUUCAAGGUCAGUAAAAACGAAACAUUUCGACAAUUUCAUUUGUUAAACACAAAAUAUUUGCUUUAAGUAACUUAACAAAGUCUAAAAUAUAUUAGUAUUAUGAAGAUACUGACAUUUAAACACUCAUUAAAAUAUAUAUCAGCAAUUCAAGGCAUGAUUAUUUUAUUUUUGAAAACUGAAAUUCAAUGAUUUUGUUUUAUUGAUUUUAAAAAUAAAAAUACAAUUCAAAUUAUAGUUAAUUUAUUAAAUUAUCUAUUAUUAAUGCCAAGUAAAACUACGGUAAUGUCAGAUUUUAUCGUUGAGAUAUAUUUUAACAGCUCACUCCUGUGUAUUUAAUAUUCUUGUAAAUGAACAAUGAAAUGUAUAGCAAAAUAAUUCCAUUGUGAUAUAUAAGUAUAUAAACGCAUAAGCUGCUUUAUGUAUAUUUAUAUACAUAUAUAUUGCGUCAUCCUUGCGAGUGCCAAGCUUUGCCAACUAUUACCCAAUUCGGGUCAUAACUAACGUCCGAUUAUUUAACAAAAAAGAGAAUAUGCUUUAAAGAUAUAUUCAUUGUUUUCUUUGGAGAUGAUUACCGCAGAAUAUUUUCCACAAAAAUGUAAUGCAGUUAGUCAUCAUCAUGCUAUUAAAUUCAUGCAUAUUUAGUUCACUUCGAUUUAAUUUUAAAUUCCUUUUGCUUCUAAUUUUUAAUCCCAUUUAUGCUGAAUAUUGUAUACAUUGAAAAUAUGCUGGUGGAAUAUGAAAACUAGAAAAAGGCAUAUAUUUUACUUUUAUGAAGGUAUUUUUUAGUUGCAAGGUAUCUUUUUCAAAUUCAUUGAAAAUGAAAAAUGAAAUUGCACUGAAAUUAUUAUUUAAUUUUAUUUUAUUAGCUGCAAGAAAUUAGCACAGAUCUUUAAUUAAUGAAUACAAAAAACUUUAAUUAUAUUACAAGAUAUAUAAACUGACAUGCUUGCAGGUCUGAACCAAUAAGUUAUUUUAUUGACAUUUUAUGAAUAAUUUUAAAAUUUUAAUUAGGAAAAUAGUUUUCUAUUGAAUUAAGACUUGUGAUUAUAGUAGCAAAUAUGUAUAUUAUUCAUUAAACGUUUUCCUCUUUUAAACAUACAUCAUCUUAAAGACAAUACUUUUAGCUUUUCAUAAAAUAUAUUUCAUAAUUAUUAUUAUCAAUUUGGAGUAUAGCUAUGAAUUAUUUAAAUUUUGAACUUAAAAAAAUAUAUUAGUUCUGGCCUAUUAUUGUUUCAUUGGCAGUUAAAUGAAGUAUGAUUCUAGAUUUAGUUUUAAAUCUCAAAUGCAAAUUUUUCAUUAUUUUAUGGAAGUUUAACAUCAGGUAUCAUAUAGUAGUUUUUAAAAAUUGUCCUAUAAAGGUAAUAUUUAUGUUGUGGAUACCUAAAUUUAAAUUGCCAAGGAGCUAUUUAUUACAUUAAUGUUGCUUAAAAACUAUUUUUAUGUAAAAUACUAAUCCAAGCAUAUUUUUUCCCUGGAGGUCAUAGAUAAAUUUAAAAAAAGACAUGUAAAAUAUAUUUUCAUAUGAAAUUGUGUCAAAACUUCUAAGUUUAGAAUUCAUUUUGUUUUUAAAUGUUUCCAAAAAUAGAUAUUUUCUUGAUAUUUCUCCAUAAUUUGCUUCGUCUCCCAUGUACUGGGAUUUUUCAUUCAUCCAUUUACAGUAAAAUUGUAUGAUCCCCAUUAGUUAAAAAUAGGUAUAUUUAGAACAUCUAAAGAUUGUAUUGCAUUGAAAUACUGUAAAUAUAUCCCAUAUAAUUUGCUGCUCAUUAUCAUACAGUAAUCGUUUUGUUCUGGAAAUGUAUAAACAAGAAAUAUGUCUGCACGUCAGAUUUAUUUAAUAAAACAAUUUUGAGAAUACCAAAA